UCCCCAGGAGCGCCCCUGGCAGCGCGGGUGCUGGGGAGGAAGGGGCUGUUAAUUGUGGUGGGGGGAGGGAGCCCCUCUAUUGCGCAGGCGCUUCAGGAAGAACUCGGUCGGGCUCCUGCGCCUUCAGGUCUCCGUCGCUCCCCAGACCCACGAGCGUCGGGUUCCGCGCGCGCCCGGUUCCGCGCGCUGCAGAGAAGCGGCGGCAGCGGGAACCCCGACUGCCCCCUUCAGCACGUUCACUAUGAAGUUACUGCUGAUGCUUUUGUUUUUGGGACUUAUGACUGGUUGUAGAGGGAACUCUUCCUCUGCUUCACCACCUAAGUUACUGCUGGUGUCCUUUGAUGGCUUCAGAGCUGACUAUCUGCAAAACUAUGAAUUUCCUCACCUCCAGAAUUUUAUCAAAGAAGGUGUCUUGGUAGAGCAGGUUAAAAAUGUAUUUAUCACGAAAACGUUUCCAAACCACUACAGCAUCGUGACGGGCCUGUAUGAAGAAAGCCAUGGCAUUGUGGCUAAUUCCAUGUAUGACGUAAACACAAAGAAGCAUUUUUCUGACCACAAUGACAAGGACCCAUUUUGGUGGAAUGAGGCAGUCCCCAUCUGGGUGACCAAUCAGCUUCAGGACAACAGAUCGAGUGCUGCUGCUAUGUGGCCUGGUACCGACGUGCCCAUUCACAAUACCACGCCUUCCUAUUUCAUGAGCUACAGCCCCUCGGUGUCCUUUAGGGAAAGGCUCAAUAAUGUCACCGCAUGGCUGAGCAGUUCGAACCCACCGGUGACCUUUGCAACACUCUACUGGGAGGAACCAGACGCUAGUGGCCACAAAUACGGCCCUGAAGAUAAAGAAAACAUGCGCCGAGUGUUGGAAGAAAUAGAUGAACACAUUGGUGAGCUAGUUCACAGACUUAAGGUGUUAGGACUGUGGGAAAGUCUUAAUGUGAUCAUUACAAGUGAUCACGGGAUGACCCAGUGUUCCAAGGACAGGGUGAUAAACUUGGAUGGCUGCCUCGACCCCUCGUACUACACUCUUAUAGACUUGACCCCAGUUGCUGCAAUACUUCCCAAAAUAAAUAAAACAAAGGUUUAUAGCAAACUGAAAAUCUGUAACCCUCACAUGAAUGUUUAUCUCAAAGAAGACAUUCCUGCCAGGUUUCACUAUCAACAUAGCGAUCGAAUUCAGCCUAUUAUUUUGGUUGCUGAUGAAGGCUGGACAAUUGUGCUAAAUAAAUCAUCACUAAAAUUAGGUGACCAUGGUUACGAUAAUUCUCUGCCUAGUAUGAAUCCGUUUCUAGCUGCCCACGGCCCUGCAUUUCACAAAGGCUACAAACACAGCACCAUUAAUACGGUGGAUAUUUAUCCAAUGAUGUGCCACAUCCUGGGAUUGAAGCCACAUCCCAACAAUGGAACCUUUGGUCAUACCAAGUGUCUGUUAGUGGACCAGUGGUGCAUUAACCUCCCAGAGGCCAUUGGAAUUGUUAUCGGGGCACUCCUCGUCUUGACCACACUGACCUGCCUCAUCAUCAUCAUGCAGAACAGAGUCUCCGGCCCCCGGCCAUUUUCCCGACUGCAGCUCCAAGAAGAUGAUGAUGAUCCGUUGAUUGGGUAACACGUCCGGGAUUUAUACAAGGUGGCUUUAAGUGGAGCACACCCAAGGAAUGGUGUUACAACUAUGAAAACAUAUACUUCGGAAGAACUUGAACCAGGCAUGCUACAGUUAUUUUGUCUUUCCUUGUGUUUUGCUACCUUAGCUAAUACAAAAAAAUUCAGACCAUAGGGAAAAUUGCUAGUAAAUCAUUAGUUAGCACCAACUGUUUCUCUGACUAGAAACUUUUUUUGAGAAUAAUACUGCCUUUGCUCCCCUCUCCCCCGCCCCUUUUUUUUUUUGGCAAUGAAGAUUGGACACAUCUUAAGGUGAAAAUAUAUUACAAUUUAGUGGGUGUGCAUUUCAAAUAAAUUUUUAUAUUUGUAAAUUAUACAACAGAAAUCUUUGUAAAGUGUGUGGAUUUUGUCUAUAAGGGAGGAAAAGUUUCCUAUAUUUUUAUAUGUUCCUUUAAUAGAGUUUGUAUCCCAAGUAAACCCGUGAGGUAGGAAAAUUCUCUGUGAUGGUUAAUAAAAUGGAUUAUAAGGCAGAAAAGAUCUAGCAUAUGAAGAAACUAUUUCAAGAAAAGCUAGUGUAAAAAACAAGCAAAAGCCCCAUGAUAACAAGAUUGAGUCUUUGUGUGUGUCUCUGUUAAGACCCUUAAGCUAUUAAAACCUCAAAAGGUUUAUCUUUUGAAGAGUAUUACUAAGAGGAAAUUAAGAAAAUAGAGGAAAGUGCUUUUCUCACUUAAUGCUUAAUGCCUUUGUAUAAGUUAUUUAGUUGUGUGUGUGUGUGCGCGCGCACCAGGGUGUUGCAUGCUUGGUGUACAGACUUCAUGUAACUUAUAGGAGGUGGUGAGAUGUGAGUGACCUGGAGGCAGACCCUCACAAACCCAUAAAACACAGCUCUCAGGAAAGGUUAUAAUUGCACUUCAUAUUCAUGUACUUCCUUCUGACUCACAAGUUAAAUUCAUAAUUUUUAAAACCCUGUGAAUUUUUGUUAACCAUGUUUAACAUUCUUCUGCUGUUUCUUGCAACCAGAGGUCUCCAAGUACUGCAGAGAAAUUUAUGACCUGACUACAAAUCUGGUUCUGAUUGGGUCAGAAUGAGAGAUUUUUCUAUUUGCCAUUGGGAAUUUUAUGCCUUACUUUUUAGGCGAAUAGCUAAAUUUAAAAUGGAAUUUAAUAUCUUUUGGUCUUCUACAUUAAUCAUAUGUUAAGUAACUGAAUAAACUCUCAGAACUUUGUUAACCUUUAGCAGCCUGAAUGCUGCCUUUGCUUUUUUCUCCCAUAUCUGGUUCAUAAAAGUAACCACUCUGCUCAUAAUUUUUUUUAGCCUACUUGUUCAGAGCCAAUGACAUAUUGUUAUAACUGUCAUCCUAGCUUUGCAAAGUGUACCUUCUAAGAAUCAAAAUCAAUAGGAAGAAACUGAAUUGUAGCAGAUGAGAUUCUAUACAUUAGAGGAAAAAUUGGGUUCAAGAACCAUUCAUCAGGAGCUGAGGCAAGCAAUUAAUAUUACUAGUGUGAUCUUUAAAGUUUGGACGACAUAAAAUAAGCUGGGUACCUGUUUUACAGGUACAAAAAUAAUGGAGAGUAAAUAUGCAGCCCAGUGAAAUGUGGGUUAUCUGCGGUGGUCAGGAACUAUGGUGCCAGUUGUCACACCCAGAAUUCAUCCUUUGGUCACUGCUUGCUAACCUCCUGAUCCUGGUAGUUGGUGCCCAUUGUUCUCAGGUUCUUGAGAGUCAUUUCCACACCGUGCAUAAAUAGUCCGGGCAUGCCGUCAUAAAGUGACUGUGUUACAAACAGCAUGGUAAAUAAACCAAACCACCAGGACUCAUUUUGCUUUUUGACAGAUUUUUAUUUCUGAUGUUUUUUCCUCACAUAAAAGUUAUCCUAAAGGUUAAUAGUUGAUCUGGACAAAUAAUAGAAAAAUUUCUUUCUACUUCAAUUCCCAUUAAAAAAAAAAAAGCACAGAAGAUCUGUCACAUUUAAAGCAGUGAGGAUUUUUUGAAAUGUCUCAAAUGCUAAGUGAGUUGAGCUUGGUCCUUGCAGUGGUGUGAGCUUUAGUGGCUGUAUUGGUGUGAUUGGUGGAAAUCGAUCCAUCACAGUCCACAUGUGAGGUGACUUUACAGAGGAUGGAAUAGGAAGGGGUGCCCCAUCAGGGUCUCAACCCUUUGAACAAAAGACCUAUUUGUCUUGUUCUUCAUUCCAUUCUGAAGAUACGAACUAGAAUUAAAAUUGUAGAUGUUUUAUGUAUAUGUUGAUGGGACAAAAAGAGUAUUUAUUUAAUAAUCAAAGAGAUGUUUAUAUAUUAUUGUAUUGAACUUUAUAUUAAUUCAUUUGUAUCUUUAAAAAAUGAUCACUUAAAAAGCCAGUGACUCCAAAGGUAAUAGGAAGACUUUUUAAUAAAAGUUUUUCAGUGAGUGAAUUCAGAAUAAGUACAUCUACUUAUAAUGUAGGGACAUUCUGCUGCUCUUAUUAAUGUGUAAGUACUUCUGGUAUACAGCAAUAGCAUAAAAAUGAUCUCAGUGCUCUAUACCACUGGUUUUGUGUCACUGUUCCAUUGAGCUUGGUGUAAGGAUUUAAAGAUAAAUCCUUGGAACAUUAAAUGAUUAAAAUGGUCUUUGCCUUGUUCUUGGGUGUUUUUUCUUCUCUUGCCCAUGUCUGGUAAACUUUAAAGUUGGUUGUAUUUAAUUUCUUUUAUUUGAAGGAUUUUACUUCAUUGUGAAUAUAUAAAGCUACAAAUGAAGGAUAAAGAUGACAUGAGAAGUCUGUAUUUAUUGUAAAUUCUUAAAAUACUGUGUAAAUAAAAUGACAUGACUGUGUUUUAAAGAAGUUUAUGUGUAGUGCCUUAAGUUAAAAUAUAUUUUGACUAUAUUAUUUGAAUUCAAAGCUAUGACUUUGCUUAUCAUUUUAAAAUUUUUAUGUGAACAAAAUAAAAUGUUACCAAAACAUUUUAAUUGUAAUUAUUAAAUAUGUGAUGUCCUUGA